GUGAGUGAGUUACAGUGUAUCGUAGGUCGUUGUCGGAAAUCGCUGGAUGACCUCGCAGAACUCACAUUAACGAACUUUCCUUCAUAUUUUCUGGACAAAACUCAAACUUUUAAAACUUAUAUAUGUAUAUAUAUAUAUAUAUAUAUAUAUAUAUAUAUAUAUAUAUAUAUGAAAAGAGAACUCCCGGAAGAUUCUCUGUUUUUGUUUUUUCAUGUGUUCACGGUGAUUGUUGUUGAUGGCGCGGUGUAACUAAGAUGGACACGGAUUGUAUGCCGGCUGGAGACUAGAGAACUGCCUCAGCCUCUUAAUCUAAAUGUAGACUUUAUUUUAUUGUUUUACUUUUUUUUUAUUUAUUCUGUCAUCUGUCCGCGCGGGGACGUGUUCUACUCAUCAGGUGGAUGUAGGCUUACCGGGUCAUUUCCAUCCCAGGAGGUCACACAUCCGAUGAUGAACAGUUCCCCACUGAGGUUGCGGUGAACUUUUCCCACCAGUGGACUCGUCAUGUCGGGAGUGGUCCGCACACUGAGCCGCUGCCUGCUCCCGGCCGACGCCAGCCGGGACUCGGGCGGCAGCAAGGAGAGGAGCCGGGAGCGGGACGCGGCACAGGAGCGGGAGGCGCGACGCAGGAGCCGGGAGAUAGACGCGAUGCUCGCCCGGGAGAGGAGAGCCGUGCGCCGGCUGGUGAAGAUCCUCUUGCUCGGGGCCGGAGAGAGCGGAAAGUCCACUUUCCUCAAACAGAUGCGCAUCAUCAACGGACAAGAGUUUGAUCGGAAAGCGUUGCUGGAUUUCCGAGACACUAUCUAUGAGAAUAUACUGAAGGGCAUGCGCGUGCUGGUGGACGCCCGCGACAAGCUGGGCAUCAGCUGGCAGAGCUGUGAGAACGAGAAGCAGGGCAUGCUGGUGAUGUCGUGGGAGGGACGAGUGGGCGCCUCGGGCGUCGAGCCCGGCGAGUUUCAGCUGUACGUGAUGGCACUGUGUGCGCUGUGGGCCGACACCGGAAUACAAGAGGCCUACGCACGACGGGCUGAGUUCCAACUGAGUGAGUCAGUGAAAUACUUCCUGGAUAACUUGGAUCGUAUUGGACAACUGAACUAUAUCCCAAACAAACAGGACAUAUUGUUUGCGAGGAAGGCAACGAAAGGAAUCGUCGAGCAUGACUUUAUCAUCAAGAAGAUUCCUUUCAAGAUGGUGGACGUCGGAGGGCAGAGGUCCCAGAGGCAGAAGUGGUUUCAGUGUUUCGACGGCAUCACGUCAAUUCUCUUCAUGGUGUCGUCUUCUGAGUACGACCAGGUCUUGAUGGAGGACCGAAGGACAAACCGUUUGGUGGAAAGCAUGAACAUCUUCGAGACCAUCGUCAACAACAAGCUCUUCCUCAAUGUGUCCAUUAUCCUCUUCCUCAACAAAACAGACCUGCUGGUGGAAAAAAUACGCACGGUUGACAUCCGCAAAUACUUCCCUGAGUUCAGAGGAGAUCCUCGCCGACUAGAGGAUGUACAGGCAUUCUUGGUGCAGUCGUUCAGUCGUAAAAGAAGAAACAGAGGGAAGCCGCUUUUCCACCACUUUACUACAGCAGUGGACACAGAAAAUAUCCGCUUUGUCUUCCACGCCGUCAAGGACACCAUCCUGCAGGAAAACCUCAAAGAUAUCAUGCUGCAGUGACCUUCAGGCGGCAGACGGAGGCUUUCUCCGAUAGCAAACUGUGAAACCGGACAUGAAUCCAGACCUUUAGGUCUGCUUCUCGCCGACACGUUUUAACACUGCCCUGUGGAGCGGUCAGUUUGACCCGCAGUAUGGAUCUAACCCAACUAUAAUCCUGUGGAAAUAUAAAGUGACUGUGGAGCCUUUGGUCUACUGCGGCCCCUGUGGAAACCGAAGACCACUGAGAUCAAGACCCUGCGUGUGUGUAACCUGUGAACAUGUGUGUUUGCUGGAAAGACGGCGGUCACUGUCUCCUAUGUGUAGCACUCGGGCUGCUCUUCCCUUGAUAUACAUGCACUGAAAGUGCUUUUUUUUCUCUCACAUGUAAAUGACUAAUGACAACCUCGUCACUAAACGCAGUCAGACUGACGCCUGUUGAAACGUGGGAAAUGCUGCGCGAGCUACAAGAAAAAGGAUGUUUAGAGCAAGUUCCUAAUAGACAUGUGACAGAGGGAAAGCAGCGAGCGUCUGUGCCCACACUGGUCACAUGCUGUGUUAUGUGAUAAGGUUGCACAAGAGUUCCUGUCGACGAUGAUGAUGAUGAUGAUGAUGAUGAUGGUGUCUCUCUUUUCUCUCCUGACAAACAGCUGCAGAUAAGAAGUUGCUUCACUCUUUUCCCAGCUCUCUCCUCUACUUUUCUGGCGCAACAUAGAGAUUGUCCAUCUCCUCCCUCUGCAGCUGAAACAGUAGACGAUUAAAUUAAAGACUCCUCUUGGUUUUUAGAAACAUGUAGUUCCUGAUCUUCCCUGAGUUAUGGUAGACUCGUCCCCAGGCGUAUUGUAAAUAUCCCCUUUACAAGGCGAUUUUUGGAUUCGGUUAUGUGGCUUGUUCCCAGUAUUUGUCUUGUUAACAUGGAGGAAACAACAGGAAAUUGUAGUAUUGACUUUAAUGACAUGUUUCUGAUAAUACACACAGGAAAAGUGAUUUUCUUUUUAAGUCAGCUUUAACCCUUGGCUUAGUGUAAAUAGCUACGUCUAAUAAUUAGUUAAGUUAUUGAAGUGAAAAAAAAAAGGAUCCUACAUCAAUCAUAGGUGAGCAUCUGGUGAAUUUGGAAGACGCCAUCCUUAGCUGCAUGAAUCAGUAUUCAGCGUGUAAAGAUUGUGUGGCGUUUUAGAAUCUUUUAGCUCUUUGUUUUGGUUUGACAGCCUGUAACUGUUUCCAUCUUCUGCCAGCAGCUGAUUUCUUUUCCUUAAACUGAAGGAACUAAACCUGGUAAACUCUGUGGAGAGAAGGUGCAACACGAUUUAUGAUUGGCUCUUUCCCCCGAAGAUGCCCCAUCCCAUGCCACUAGCUUUCUAAUAAAUGCUUUAUAAUUUCAGAGCAUCAAGGUAUGAGGAAGGAAGUGCACUUAUGUUUAAGAGAGUUUCAAAGUUAGUCUGGUUUAAUGUAGGGCCCCCUAGGCCUCAAAGUCUCUUUAAAGGUCCCUUAUUUGAGCAGUAGUCAAAGAGCCUCAUAUUUCCCUCAGGAUUUGGAGACCAAAACAGACCUUAAAGAGACUUAGUAUUAGAUUUAUAUUGGUCCUCUGUUCAGCAGAGACUGUUCAGGGCUUAAAUAAGCAGCUUUUUAGUUAACAGGUUUGUCAUAUCACCUUGUUACAAAACCCGUAGAGUGUCCAAAAAUGUAGCUUUUAACUACAAGUUAUUUAAUAAGGUAACCAAAAUAAUCACUAUUGAAAAUAAUCGCCACUUGCUGCCUUAUUAAGGCCCGAGUUAGGUGGUACUGUUGCUAUGGUUACUUGCAGUUUGACACACCUUGUGCACUGAUUAUAGAUUGGUGGUAAAACUGUUUCCAGGUUGUCCUCGUUACAUGAUUCUGCAUUUUCAAAACAACGUUUCAACCCCGACCUUCCUUGUAAGUGUAAUAUGUGAAAAUUCCGUGUGAAAAAUUAGUGAACAUUUUCAUGAUUUGGAUUUUGGUACGCAGCCGUAUGUGAAGCAGCUGAAUAUUAAUAUUAUAAUCCAGCCGGAAUAUUAAAUCCAAAUAGCCUGAAGGGGAAUGAGGCUACUCAUGAGCACUUCCACAUGUCUUAUUAUCAUACUGUAUUCAACUGUGUACUUCCUUUUUGUGUGUGUUCAUAAUGACGUGUGCAUUUUUAUUUUUUACUUUCUGUACAUAUUAUUCUGUAAGUAUUUGCCUGACACUGUGUGUUAACAUUUACAAUACAAGCACCACUUGGUCUAACAGGAUCACUGUAAAACUGUAACGUUGCUGUAAGAGUUGUUGUUAACUAACUAACCUACCUUUUUCCACUCACACAUGUUGGUUUUGUACGUGUCGUCAUUGCACUGGAUGUACCCGAGAGAAAAAAACAACCAGAAAGAAAAACGUCUGGGGCUUUUAUAAAAAAGAAGAAAGAAAAGAAAAUGGCAAUGAAACAAAUAAACAGAGUGAGGACUUUGAAAGUGGAGCAGGAUGAGAAGAGGGAGGUCUUCUGCUGUUGUUUUUAUGUUACCCACUGCCUUGGCUCUGUGCUCUGUGGUGAAAUACACUGCCUUUUUUGCUGA